AGCCGAUAUUAUUUGUUAUAUUUUAAUGGAAAAUUACAAUAAUUUGUGUAUUAAAACUAAAACGCAGUUCAAAUAAUUGCGGCUUUUUAGCCAAAAAUCAAAACCAACCAAUAUUGUGUUUAUUGCAAGUGAAAAUUAAAAAAUAUGUUUGAUAAAAAUAUGGAUACCACAAAUUUAUCCGUCUCCAUCAAUGGUGAUUUGGACUCAACCAGUUCCGCCGGCACUUCAUCGGAUCAUUCAGCCGUGCAACAUGAUAAUAUCAGUUCGCCCAUGGCCUAUGGGUCGCUCUUUCUGCCAAAUGCUGGUUACCGUGGUAAUAUUUCCUGUAAAACAGUUUUGCAAUUGGACAAAUUUGCACCCUACGAGUCCACAGAGAAGGAUCUCAUCGAGCGACGUUUCCAGGACAUAACCAAUGACUAUGAUAAGUCCCCGCCGCCCACAGCGGCCACCACACCCACACAUUAUCCCUCGCUAAACAGCAUUAUCUUUGAGAAUGGCAAUACUAGUCUGGGCGAUCUUAAUGGCAAUACCAAAACGGAUACACUCUGUGCAGGAUUACAACGUGGUCCUGUAGGCAUGAGCGGCACAGGAGCAUCAAGUGGUGGACAUCUGAUAUCAAAUCUUACGGCAGCACACAAUAUGUCCGCCGUGGGCAGUUUUCCCAUCGAUGCCAAAAUGCUGCAGUUCUCCACAGAUCAGAUUCAAUGCAUGUGUGAGGCACUGCAGCAGAAGGGCGACAUUGAGAAGUUAACCAAUUUUUUGUGCAGUCUGCCGCCCAGCGAAUUCUUUAAGACAAAUGAGAGCGUUCUUCGUGCCCGCGCCAUGGUUGCCUAUAAUCUUGGCCAGUUUCAUGAGCUCUACAGUCUGCUGGAGACACACUGUUUUUCCAUGAAAUACCAUGUGGAUUUGCAGAGUCUGUGGUUCAAGGCACACUACAAGGAGGCGGAAAAGGUGCGCGGUCGCCCUUUGGGCGCCGUGGACAAAUAUCGGCUGCGUAAAAAGUAUCCACUGCCAAAAACCAUUUGGGAUGGUGAGGAGACAGUCUAUUGCUUUAAGGAAAAGUCACGUAAUGCUCUUAAGGAUUGCUAUCUGACCAAUCGUUAUCCAACGCCCGACGAGAAAAAGACGCUGGCCAAGAAGACGGGAUUGACGUUGACACAGGUCUCAAAUUGGUUCAAGAAUCGCAGGCAAAGGGAUCGCACUCCGCAGCAAAGACCUGAUAUUAUGCUGCCUGUGGGUCAAUUGGAUGCCAACGGUUUCCCGCGCAUGUUCAACGCCCCUAGCUAUUAUCCCGAAACCAUUUUUAACGGUCAGUAGAGAAAGAGCAAUGGAGAGAGCGAAAGAGAUGGCGUUCUACAAUUGAAAUGCGCAGGCGCUGCUUUUGUAAAUAAAAUUUUAAUGUUAAACUUUGGUCAUCAAAUGACGUUAUGUUUCUAAUUUUAGAAUAAUCUUAAUUUGGCUUUUUAUAUUGUACAAUAAUAAUAAUGCAAUUGCAAUAAAUAAAUAUAGAAAAUA